AUGGCGCCGAAACCGAAUCCCCCACCGAAGGAAGACACUUGGGCGUUCCAGCCCAUUGGCUCACCGUUUCCACCGAGUCCAGUGAAAUGUAUGGGAGAGCAGAACAUGUACGUGGCUCUCUGGUACAAGCAUGGAAAGCCGAUUCAUGGUCGUUCGUGGAACAACGGAGGAGUCGUUGAAUGUUCAUUUCCGUACAAGGAGGCUGAAUUGACUACCAAGGCUCAAUUGGAAGGACAAAUUCAAGUGCUUCAAUAUGUUGGAGACCACAACAACCAAGGUUUCUGGUACGAGUGGAUCAAGUACAAAGAUCGUAUUGAAAAGCUCGAUGACAAGCAUCAAUUGGUUCGUUGUGGAGACUCUUUCCCAAUCUUUUGGAAGAGAAAGGAGGGAAAUCUUCUCGGAUAUGUUGAUAACAAAACCGAGGAGGCCUGGUUCUCAUUCAACGGAAAAGUCAUCAAACAAUUGGGUCCUCAGUUGAAUGAAAUGUACAUCAUCACCCGUAAUUGCAUCGGAGGACCACCACAUUGCGAAUGUGACAACUGUCCGAAACCACCUCCACCACCACCAAUUCCACCACCAGGCCCACCACCACCACGUGUCAUGCACGACGAAUGGAUCGAUAUUCGUGAGGGAGAUCCGUUCCCGACUCGUAAAUUGGUUCAAGCUUUGGACAAGACUCUUGACACUUUGCCCGGAGUCAAUCCAGAUCAAUAUGUCGCUUUGUGGUACAUGCAGGGAGAACCUGUCAUGGGACGUGUCUGGAAUGAAGGAGGAAAGGUUGCUGCCAACUUCUCCUGGUUCAAUAACGAAUACUGCAAGAAUGUCGGAUCCAUCCAACUUCUUGUUCGUCUUGGACCACACGUUGUUGGAUACGAGUACGGUUGGAUUCCAUUCCCAGAGGCGGCGACAUUCGAAGAAGGAAAGACUUGGAAACCAGUUCAUGUCAACAAUCACAAGGGAGAUAUCUCCGUUGGAGUUGUCAACUUGCCAGGUGGAAAACAAAUUCUCGCCAAAGUCGAUGUUCGCAACGAGUCAUACGGAUACGGAUACCAAGGAAAGGAGCAUUCGGCUCGUGGACCUGCGUGUGCUUCGAGUGUUACUGUCCUCUGCCGUAAGGCUCUGCCAGGAUACAAACUCGAUGGCUGA